UACAAUAUCACUCUCUAGUCUCUAAUCUGUAUGAUUCUUGUGCUUCAGCCUUCAGGAUAAUACUGCUUCCAAGGCCAUGACUCCAAAAUCAGACGUAGUAGCGUAAAGAAGCAGGGCUUACUAUCUUCAAAUCACCACGCGUAUGGUCAUGGCCUCGGCAAUUUGUACUCCCGCAUUCUCUUCAUCGUCCUCGAGUGCAAAAUCUGUUAUUUACUCCCUAUCUUCUUCUCUAAUUUCAUACCCCAAAACCCCAAAAUUUCAUCUCUCCAAAUGGGUUCCUCCACUGGGUCUCUGUCUUUUCUCUCCGUGGAGCGGUCUCAAACAUCUGGGUAUCUCAAUCAAACCAAAGCCUCUCAAUUCAGAGAGGAAGGGGAGGUGUAAGGGUAAGAUGGUUUAUGCAUCUCUGUUUGGGGUUGGAGCCCCCGAGGCUCUGGUCAUUGGGGUGGUAGCUUUGUUGGUUUUUGGUCCCAAAGGUCUUGCUGAGGUUGCUCGGAAUUUGGGAAAGACUUUGCGUACAUUUCAACCCACCAUUAGAGAACUUCAGGAAGUUUCGAGGGAAUUCAAGAGCACCCUUGAAAGGGAGAUUGGUCUUGAUGACAUUUCAACGGAAAACAAAAUCAGCUCCAGCGGAGCCAAUGCUACAUCAACCCCAUCAUCCACUACGAGCACCAAGGAUUCUCAAACUGUAGUUGACCCCAAUGGUGCUUCAUCCCUAAACAGAGCAUAUACCACUGAAGACUACCUAAAGAUCACAGAAGAGCAGCUGAAGGCAUCUGCUGCCCAACAGCAGGGGCAGAUACCUCCUUCAGGAGAAGGUGAGUUGGAAACUCAAACCCAGCCCCAAGCUACAAUUCAAGAAACUGCCACUGCAAUGCCUCCACCUCAAAAGCCUGAAAGCGAGAAAUGAAACCUCAUAAAGGAAAACGAAAGGUAUCUCAGAAGCCUGAAGUGAGACAUGAAACUCCAUGUAUAUGAUGAUUGGGCCCAAAAAAAAAAAAAAAUUAUGCAGUCAUUCAUAUUUCAUUGUUUGUUAACUGGUAGAGUAACUAGAGUUUAGAAAUUAUGUAUUGGUUCAAGAGGACAAGCAAGCACAAGUUCUGCGUGUCACUGAGCUGGUUGUGGAGUACGUGAUUUUGUAGCAAGUAGCCCUGCAACUAAGAAAUGCUAAAUUUUGGUAAUGAAUUGGAGUCGUUUUUCAUGA